AUGGCGGCGGCGGCGGCGCACGGCGGCGACUACCUGCAGCGGUUCGUCGCGGAGACGGAGUGGUACAACGAGGUCGUCCUCAGCGCCGUGGCGCCAGGCGACUGGUGGCGCGGCCUGCCGCACCUGGUGCAGUCGUGGAUGCGCAACUGCGUCGGCGGCUACCUCCUCUACUUCAUCUCCGGUUUCCUCUGGUGCUUCGUCAUCUACUACUGGAAGCGCCACGCCUACAUCCCCAAAGAUGCCAUCCCCACAAAUGAAGCUAUGAAGAAGCAAAUAGUUGUAGCAUCAAAGGCUAUGCCUUUUUACUGUGCUCUUCCAACUUUGUCUGAAUAUAUGAUUGAGAGCGGAUGGACCCGGUGUUACUUUAAUAUCAGCGAAGUUGGUUUUUCUAUGUACCUCUGUUAUAUGGCUAUGUAUCUCAUUUUUGUGGAGUUUGGAAUUUACUGGAUGCACAGAGAGUUGCAUGACAUAAAGCCAUUAUACAAAUAUCUGCAUGCAACCCAUCAUAUUUACAACAAGGAAAAUACCUUGUCUCCAUUUGCUGGACUUGCAUUUCAUCCACUGGAUGGUAUUCUGCAAGCAAUACCACAUGUGUUUGCGUUCUUCCUCUUUCCAACGCACUUCAGGACACAUAUUGCUCUCUUGUUCUUAGAGGCUGUGUGGACAGCAAACAUCCACGACUGCAUUCAUGGCAAGAUAUGGCCAGUCAUGGGCGCUGGAUAUCACACCAUUCACCAUACAACUUACCGCCACAACUAUGGCCACUACACCAUCUGGAUGGACUGGAUGUUUAGUACCCUCCGUGAGCCAGAAGAUAUCCUCAAGAAGGAUUGA